GCUCAACUUUGGAUCCAUCGUCUGUGUUCGAGAUGCCGCCGUCGCACGUGAGACCGGUGCGUUUGUAUGCAACUCAAUCGGCUGCAAAGAACAUCCUAUUCUUUGAAGCACGCAGAGAAUACGUGCGCUAUCCCUGUUUGGGACGCAGAAAUUAAAUGCUCCCAGGUUUGCGUAUGUGCGUUUGUCGCAAUGUACAAAGCUGAACUGACGGCCUCCCGUUCACAUUCGUUAGCAUGAAUUGGACGAACCCCUAUCUACUCGCUGCCGUCUUUGCUAUUCCGACACUGCUGGUCGCAAUGGGCCUUUUGAAAAAGAACAAGUUCGUAGUAGAGGGAAGAACUGCCCUUUUGACUGGAGCUUCUCAGGGCAUGGGGCUUGCCGUUGCCAUAAAGCUUGCACAAAAAGGCGCCAAUGUCGUCCUGGUUGCUCGUGACGAAAAGAAGCUAGAAGAGGCAAAGAAACAGGUCGCGGCCGCUGCCAAAGAUCCUUCGAAACAGCGCUUCACAUGGUUCAGCGUCGACGUCACAAAUGAAGAGCAGAUCGAAAAGCUGGUGCAAGAUACGGUGAGAUGGAACAAUGACAAGCUUCCAGACAUUGUAUGGCAGCUUGCUGGUUGGGCAGCGCCGGACCUGUUCCUCGACACGCCGGUAGACAUUCUAAGAAAACACAUGGAGGUGAACUAUUGGGGUGCUUGCUAUCUUGCGCACUCCGUUCUGCGAGCCUGGACUGGGGAGAAGUCAGCGGAAUCGGACGCGAGCAGGGAAGAUGCAACGAGAAACAAAAAGCCUCUUCCACGGCAUUUCAUCUUUACGGCCACAACGGCGGUAUACUGCGGUGUGGCAGGUUAUAUGCCGUACUCGCCUGCGAAGGCAGCGUUACGAAAUUUGGCCGAUGGCCUCAAGUCGGAGAUGAACCUCUACAAUGGAGCAAGAUACCACGGCUUGCCCUCUGGAGCAACACCUACCAAGCCCGAAAUCAAGAUCCAUCUCAUCACCCCAGGAACAAUACUCUCCCCAAGCUUCGCAGAGGAAAACAAGACCAAGCACGAAGUUACCCGCAUACUUGAAGAAGGCGACCCUCAACAAACACCUGAGCAGGUGGCCGACGUCGCCAUCAAGGCACUUGAGAAUGGCAACUACAUGUCAUCCACGAAUCUCCUGGGACAUGCGAUGCGUGCUUCGGCAUUGCACGGUUCUCCUAGAAACGGCUUGUUUGGUGUAAGGGAUAUGCUGUUGAGCUGGGUAGUUAAUCUUGCUUGGCUGUUCAUCUCUCCGGACAUGGAAAAGAAGGUGUAUAAUUAUGGAAAAGAUCAUGGCGUUCAGCACAGAGAUGCGCAGUGAGCAGCUUUUCUACCGUGCUCGCAUAUGGAGACAUCUCUUUAGCGAACCGUGUUAUGAAAUGCUUAGUUUUCCAUCUAGACAAUGUCACAUACACAAGGUAUGUUCCGCAUCUAAAAUAAAACGAUCGCCUUAUCUACGCCACACAAAAUUCUUUUUCUCGACUUUCCGGUCAUUUGGAGAACAUCCUGCAUAUUGCCCUAUUGGGCCUCUGGUCUGACGUACUUGAUGAAUGAUUGGACUCGCACUACUUCUAGUACUGCACGAGAAGUUUGGUUUGCAUCAACGUUUGCUGAUAGGAGAGCAGACACGGGAUUGGACCGAAUUUUGGAAAUACGUUUUCCUCCACUUACAAAAUAAUAGCCAUAUCUUAUGAGAGGAUUCUCCCCUAUCCAAGGUAGUCUUCGGCAUCACAUCCCUACAUGUAGCGAUCGCUGGAUCGACUUCCGGCCGGAGUCUGGCGCCGUACUUCUUGGGUCCGGCCAUGGCGAGAGUAACGAGAAAUAAGGAGCAGAGUCUGUGUUUGUAUUGCCUCUCCAAAGCUUCACGGGCAUUGACGACACUGAAAGUUGUGUUUUCCUAAGGUGCAAAGGGCUUCUGGAAAUGAGACGUCGGCUGAAAGGCAAGCGCGAACGUUGGGGUCAAGCCGGUGCUUUGAGCUGAGUUUGAGAAUAUUUCUUUCUUCGAGAAGUUGCCAUUUGCGAUGCCAAAGGCCUAAUAAGAGAAUUCUCGCCUUCUCACCACUAAUAUCUUGCUUUCAUGUCCCACUCAUCACGAAAAAUUUGUAGAUUGGC